AUGAAGGAGUAUGAUUUAAUCAUUUAUGGAGCAAGUAGUUUUACAGCUAAACAUUUAAUAAAACAAUUAGAAAAUGAUAAAGAACAUAAGAUAGCAGUAUCAAGUAGGAAUGUUAAAGGUAUAAAAACAACCUUUGAUAAAAUCCCUUGUACUGUUGAUAAAAUAAAAGAAAUCACUAGUAAAACAAAAAUUUUAAUCAAUUUAGCAGGUCCAUACACCCACACAGGAGAAGAAAUAAUAAACGCAUGUAUUGAAACUAACACUCACUAUAUUGAUAUUACAGGAGAAGUACACUUUUUAAAAGAUAUCUAUGAAAAAUACAAAGAUGUAAAUAAUAUUGUUAUUGUUCAGUCUUGUGGGUUCUUAUCAUUUACAUCAGAUUUUUUUAGUUCUUAUUUCUUUAAAAAUUUUAAUUGUAAAAUAAUUUUAUCAAAAUCUUCUAAUAAAAUUAAUAAAGGCACUUGGUUGUCGUUAAUAGAAAGUUUAAAACAUUAUAAUGAACAUAAAAAGAAUAAGAAUAACAGCAAUAAUUUAAGUAAGAAACCAGAGUUUUAUAUCUUUAGUGAAUACUUAAAGAAAUAUUUAGUUAGAUCAAUGGGUCCAGAUAACUACAUACUUAAAAGGUCAUUUAAUUACUUUAAUAAUUAUUCAUGUGUUAUGUACAAUACAGUUGAUAAUUUUUUUAUACUUUUAAUUACUAGUUUAGUAUUUUUUAUACUAUUUUUAUUAUCUAAAUAUUCCGCCACGAGAGAACUUUUAAGAAAACAUUAUAGAAUAUUCAGUUGUAAUUUAGUAAAAGAUUAUAAAAUAGAUCAAUUUGAUGAAACUGAAAGAUUUGAAAUGAUUUUUCUAGAUAACAAGCGAAUUAUGAAGGUUAAUGGACCAGAAGGUGCUUACUUAUCAACAUCAAUUUAUCUGAAAAUUUUAUUUAAUUUUUUAUUAGAAAGUAAUAUAAAAGGUUUGUACACCCCCUCAGUUUUACUAAAAGAUAAUAAAGAAGAAGUAGUUAAUCAGUUAUUAGAAAAUGAUUUUAUUAUCACAAUUCAAGACUAUGAAAAAUAA